AUCCUACAACAUUGUGUUCUCACUCUUGCAGCUGACGUCUACGACAGAAUGAUUCAACCCUAUGAUGAAUGGCCAUUUAGAUUAGCGAAACUGCUGGAUUCUGGGUUGGACAUGUUCCAGAAGGCGACUGUAGCAACACAACUUUUUACAAGCCCAAUGUGCUGCUUGGAUGAUGUUGCUCUGUAUGUGAAGCUGCAAUUUCCAACUGCUGAGAAGCUCCUGCAAGCCGAAGCAUUGAAAUUCCUACAGGUUCGUGCGGGGGAGGGCGCAGCGCCUCCCCCGCAAUGCACACAAAGACUAGACUGACACUGUGGCUGUUAAGCACCCAGACAUCGAUGAGCUUGUGAAGGCUAUGUCUGGCAUGAGAACCAGGACUUCUGCUUGCCGCAGACUACGUGACAUCGCGGAUUUGGAAAGUCAACGGGAUUUCGUUGUGACUGCGGGUGCCCCUGCAGCAGCCUUGCGUUUGCUGGGUGGUCCAAAGGCUGCUUCUUCGGCUGCGGCGCAAUUGCUCGAGACUCUUGUUACUUCGGCCGAGGUUCGAAGAACAUGCAGCGCCUUCGGUGGCAUCUCCAAACUGUUGGCAGAGGCUGCAGCAGACGCGGGGAUUGACAAAACCGGACGUAGCAGUGCAGUGGCGGUGCUUGCGACGUUGCUCUUCACUUCGCCGCAGCUUGCUGCCUCUUCGGCUUUUGUGAUCCAUCCAGCCAUCACAUUGCUGAGGGCCCCCGACAUUCCCAGAGGCAGAGAAUGCGCUGCCAAAAUCUUGGCAUCCUUGGCUGGAGUAGAAGCCCAUGCCACGACGAUGGUAGACUCUGGUGCUGUAUUGGAUCUUGCAGCGGCACUGUCCGGUCCAGAGCAGCGCUGGGCGGCACUUGCACUUCGUCAACUUGCACGAGGAGCUGAAGCCAGAAAAGCAGUCAUCCCUGUGCAUGCGGCGCUGGUCGAACUGCUCAAGUUGGAGAUUACGCCGGCUGCGCGUGUGGCCGCCACAGAAGCACUGGGAUUUCUGGCUGAAGAUGAAGAAAUGAGGCUGCAUCUCCGCAGGGAAGCUGCCGUUUUUCUCCGGGGUCUAAGCUCCCAGGACCCUUACUGCCAAGAAGCAGCGUCAAGGGUACUGCUGAGAUUGCUGCUAAAUUCAGGUGAGAGCUCUGAAUACGAUGAGGACUUUGCUCAAGCUCUUGCAGAUCAGGCAGCUUUGAGGGCUUUGCCAACUGGUCCUGCUUUCCUGCAGCAUCUUCAGGCAACUUCGGGGAAUGAGGAAAAAAGAAUAGAAGCGGGAAGAACGCGGCGAGGUCCUUUGGGAAGCCCUUCUCAUGCAGCAUGCGAUUGAUUUGCUUGCGUCUAUAUCCAAGUAGCUUCAAUGACUCAGCUUGUGCCGCAGUGUGGAUCAGACAUCUCAACAUUUUGACUUGCAUUCUGUCAGAAUUCCUGGAUGAAGUCCGA